AUGUAUCGACAAGGAAAGCCUCUUGUACCCCAGCACCUUCGUGAACCCACCCGUUCAUCCAUCCCGCCACCCGCUCCACUCCCAUCGAUGCCAAACCCCAUCAACUCUCUUGAUCGGUACAGAAAAGUACCUGUAUCCGUACCACUGAUUCGAAAAUCGUCGGCUUUCAAGUCUCGAUCCAAGAAGUCCAUCCAACUGUUUACAAAAUUCGGUAAACCUAACCUUGCUCGUACGGCUUCGUGUAAACAUACAUACCGACCUACGAUCAAAGGACGGAUCGUGCUUGUCACCGAUCUAUCGAAUCUUCCAAAACCGAUUCCUUCAACUUCUCGUGUGUCAUUUACGAAAGUCAAAGUGCUCAAAGACAAAGUGAAACAAAAGAGCAAAACUCGUGAAGACGCCGCUUCGACCGCCGUCACUUUGACGGCUGGCACCUCGACCGUCGUCGCUGCAAGCGAUGCCGCUUCGACCGAUGUCCUUCCGUCCGCUGUCGCUUCGCCCGAUAUCCUUUCGGACGAUGCUGCUUCGGAUGCUUUGGCGCAUCAGAUCUUAACCUCAUGGGUGCAAGAAGCUUAUACCAUGGUAUUCGGACCAUAA